GUUAUUUCCAAUGAAGCGUUCGCGCUGAUUUCUACGAUCGUCGACCUCUGGCUUUGUCUCACAGUCUCCUUCGUCGGCGUCUGGACCAACGUCCUUGACAUCGUGACCUUCGCCAAGAUGGGCUUCAAGGAUACCGUCAACAUCACCAUGACGACGAUCGCCUUCUGGGAUCUGAUCCGCGUCCUCUGCGGGCUGGCCCACCGGUUGUACGGCCCGAUGGCCUGGGUCUUCCCCGCGUUUGGGAAAUCCUGGCAGAACAUCACGGUCACCAACCUGGUCUACCUCCACGUCAUCUCCGGAAACGUCUCGUACGUCAUAGGUGGCUACGUAGCCGUCGAACGCUGCUUCUGCGUGUGCUUCCCUUUAAAGGUGAAAACGCUGUUGACCCCAAAGCUGACCUCGUUCGUUUGCGUGACGCUGUCAAUCCUUGUUUUCGUAUCGUUAUUGCCGAUACUCCUGGUCUUUGAGUACCGGUGGGUCUACACAGCUCAGUAUCAGACCGUCAUAGCGGUGUACCAGUACACACAUUUCUACAGCGUCCAUGGUCAAAAAUUUAUGGAGGGCUACAAGUACCUUGGGUUCAUCUACCCCGUCCUGAGUCUGACCGCCAUGGUCUUCAGCACAGUGGUCAUCUCCUACAAACUCCAAAGGGCGUCACGGUUCAGAAAGGGGGCCUCCGCGGGGUCGAAACCGGGAACCCAAGACCGCGGUCCGUCCGAAGUGACCACGCGGGACAGGCAGGUUAUCACGAUGCUGCUGGUGGUCAUCGGCGUCUACAUCGUGAACCUGGUGCCGCGGGUCGUCCACUUCAUCGCGAUGCUGCUGGAGCCGGAGUACUACGUGCUCAAGUAUUACAACAACAUCUUCUGGGUCAUCGUGUACGUCAUCUUCGUGCUGGACUUCGUCAACGCGUCGGUCAAUCUCUUCAUCUUCUACUACAUGAGCACCAAGUUCAGAGCCUGCUUCGUGAAAAUAUUUCAACCCAUGUGUCUUAGUGGGAAGGCUUAAGAGGCAUCUUCAAUGACCGCUUUCCUGAAGUUUAAAACCGGGGCGCGAGAGAAUAAACAGUGAUGACUCUUUGAAUUAACUCAUCUUUUUUGAGUGGUUGUUAUUCGGGAAACAAAAAAAAAAACAUUGGAUGGUAAGUUUUUUUGAAGGAAAGAAAGACAACGCAUGCAAUGAACGUUUCUGCAAAAUGGCUUCUUGCGCUAAAUUUCAAAACAAUUUAAAAAAUAUAGUACUAUAUUAGCUCAUCGGCUUGGAGGCCGUGUCUAGUUUUUCUACUGCAGCUACGCUAAACAGUAACGUCAUAAAUACAUUUCAAAAUAAAUGAAUAAUUGUAUUUGUCAAUCGUUUCAAGGUUGAUGUAUAUGAGAGUUUUAUUCUAGCUCAAAAAUUUUUGUAGGCAAAUCCCGAUUUCUUUUCGUGAAUACGUGCUCUGGGGUUUGUUUACUGUUAACUUUCAAAUGAAAUUGCAAUUUUCCAAAUAUGGG